UGUUUCCAUCUAUGCUAGGAAACGUUGACAGCAGUUUUCUUCAUAACCUCAACGUGUAGAAUAUUUAUUUGUACUUUUUAGGUAUUUAUCAUCAUUAUUAUACAUAAAUAGUUUAAAUCAGUUGUUCACUCCAAUGGCUCUAGAUAACCGUCUGAAAAUAGAUCUGCAAUUGCCUUUUGAUAGUGUACGUGUAGCUGAAAUAGUGUAUGAUGUUCUGAGGGUGGAUGCAGAACCUAAAAGAAGUGGUGUGAGCAAAGCUCUUUCAUUAGAGAAUACUGUUGUUAAAGUUUCCUUUGCCGCUUGCUUAGCAAGGCAAUUAAGGGUGGCAGUAAAUAAUUUAUUUGAAAAAGUUGAUCUGAUCAUUGAGACCAUUCAAGCCACAGGCCCACCUGUGAGUGCGGCGUAUGGUUAUUAUUAGUUCUGGAUUUUAUUUAGCCUUUAAAACCUAAAAUGCCCGAACAUACGCCUGCCCCUACAGCCAGCAGGGCUGUGUAUGGUUUUGUUAUGUUCCUAAGUUUCAAUAUUUUCUUCAUAUUGUACCUUAUAUGGGCUCUAGUGCCGGAAGCUUACUUCGAACAUAUUGGUAUUGACUUUUUACCUCAAAGAUAUUGGGCUGUUUCUGUUCCAAUAUAUAUCUUAACUGUUCUCACCGUAUUCGCCUUCCUAAUUUACCCCAGUUUAGGGCUGUUGAUGACUCCGGAUAUGAAUGAUAUGCGAACAAUUACGGACGAGAUAGGAAAAAGAAGGAAACAAAAUGGCCAGAAGCUAAAUUAUAGUUCUAAGAAAGGAAAUUGUGUUUGCAAAGAUCAGAGACAGUGUUGGAAAGAGUACUACGAUUUAGGUGCUCAAGUGGAAAUCACAAAGCGAAUACCUGCAGUGAGCGACUUAGACAUGUGGGAUGUUUCAGAGCACUUACAUUUAUAGUUAUAAAAAGAAAAUUAACGGUCUAAGUUUAAAA